CAUGCUACAACAUCCCGCCACUGAUUUCUAUGACUUGGCUGCAGCCAAUGCUGCGGUUUUAAGUUCACGUCAAACGCCGCCCUACAGCCCUACGGGUCUAACGGUUUCGGGUUUAACUAAUAACAACAACACCACUACCAGCAACAAUAAUUUAGAUAUGCUCAGCCAUAAUGGUGGAUUAGCGAAUAGUACGACUGGUGUUGGAGGAGGUGGUGGCGGAGGCGGUGGCAGCAGUACAGCCCAUAUGCUGGCUAGCCAAAAUAGUAGUACAAAUGGUGGCGCCUCGAAUGGCGCUAAUGGCGGUCGUGAAUCGCUGCCUAGUUUCGGUUUCACCCAGGAGCAGGUGGCAUGUGUUUGUGAGGUGUUACAGCAAGCUGGUAAUAUUGAAAGACUGGGCCGUUUUCUAUGGUCAUUGCCACAAUGUGAUAAAUUGCAAUUAAAUGAAUCUGUGCUAAAAGCCAAGGCCGUUGUUGCAUUCCAUCGCGGUCAAUAUAAAGAAUUGUACCGAUUGUUAGAACAUCAUCAAUUCUCACCUCACAAUCAUUCAAAAUUACAAAAUCUGUGGCUAAAAGCUCAUUAUGUGGAAGCCGAAAAACUGCGUGGAAGACCAUUAGGUGCUGUGGGUAAAUAUCGUGUUCGCCGUAAAUUUCCACUGCCUCGCACAAUAUGGGAUGGCGAAGAAACAAGUUACUGUUUUAAGGAAAAAUCUCGUUCCGUGUUACGAGACUGGUAUACGCACAAUCCAUAUCCAUCGCCACGUGAAAAACGUGAAUUAGCCGAGGCAACAGGACUGACAACAACACAGGUUUCCAAUUGGUUUAAAAAUCGACGACAACGAGAUCGAGCUGCCGAACAUAAAGAUGGCAACUCCGAUAAACAGCAUUUGGACUCAUCAAGUGAUUCAGAAAUGGAAGGUGCUCUCAUGCAACAAAGUCAUGGCGGCGGUGGCCCCAGUUCUGCCAACAGCAAUCCGAAUAACAAUAGUAGUAGCAAUCAUCACACCACAACACAACAUCACCAGCAUUCGCAUCAUCACCAGCAACAACAACAACAGCAGCAGCAACAACAACACUCAGCACAACAAUUAUCACCCAAUCCGCAUCAAACGCUUAGUAAUCAUCACACCCACCAUCAUCAUCAGCAACAGCAGCAGCAACACCACCAGCAACAACAACAAUCACAUAGCCUGGCCACAUCACAUCUUACGGCUGCCGCGGAUCAUGCGCUUAGUGCCCAAUUGAUAGGUGGUCCAGCAUUAUCGGCCGCCGCCGUUGCUGCUGCCGCAUCCGUCAAAGGUUCAGGGAAUGUUGCCAGCCAAAUGGCACCACUGCCAGCGGCCGUUGCCUACUCCCACCUACACAAUUUAGAUGCCAUUUGUACGGGCAAUAGCGAAUGGUUAACGGCGGCGGCGACGACAUCCAAAGUGGCAGGUGAAGUGCAGGCGGAUGGUCAGGUGGCUGGAGAGACAGUGGGGAGUAAUCCUACCAUUACCUGCUGUGAUCAUAAUUACCAUAAAGCCACAAUUAACAAACCAACUAAGCCAUCGUUACAACCACCAACAAUAACCAACCACACCACUGCAGCAUCGGCAAAUAAGACCUCCGCCAACAUAACGACAAUGGGCAAACGAAAGGAAAUCAUCAACUACGCCGAAUAA